CGAUCGAAUGACCGGCGUUAUAAAAACUGAUUGUUAUUUUGCUUUUGGAUUUAGUUUAUUUUAAAACUUAAACCAGAUUUGAGUGUUUUGAUUUGCAAGAAGAAAAAUAAUAUUGUUUUUAUAAAUAAAAAUGCGUUUUGCUUUUGCUGUUUUAUUGGUUGUUUGUUUGGCCGCUGUCGUUUUAGCCAGCCCUGCUAAAAAUAAACAGGCACCUGCCUGUUCCCGUGAUUGUGGUGAUAAAUAUGAUCCCGUCUGUGCCAAAGCUAAAAAUGGCAGUAAGGAACGUCUUUUAACUUUUGGCAGUGAUUGUGUUAUGGCCAAUUAUAACUGUCAACAUGGUGAUGAUCCAUAUGAAGUGAAAUCUAAAGGUGAAUGCGGUGGCAAUGUUAGCGUGCGUUUGUCUUAAUUGUUUAGCAACAAACAAUUGUUAAUUGAGUAGACAUUAAAACCAUUAUACUUUCACAUAUGAAUAUGUAUUUGUUUUUAUUAACAAUAAAGCAUUAUAUACUAUA